AUGGGUAUAAACUCAUAUUCUCAGAAUAUCUCAGUUCUUCGUACACAAGGUGAUUUAUCAAAAGACAAGCUACCAUUAUUACCAAUUUUACAGCAAGCAUUUAAUGUUAGCCGAGAACGGCAUACAACAGAAGUAAAGCGAGCAUCAUACGACGAACAACCGACAUCUAAUCCGAUUACAAGUUCAAACGAUUCUGCAACUACAAUGAAUUGGGAAGUUGAAGCAAAUUAUAUCUGCCCUCCAGUUGUGCAUUUAACGCCAGCUACAGGCUAUAUGCAUCUAGCUGAUUGUGUUAUUCAAACAUGUCCUCCAACGGGUGUUAUUCCAAAUAAUCCAAAUGUAAAAGCAACAAUAUUAAAUGAAGAUUUUAAACAAUUAGUAGACGAUGAGAUUCGCCAACAACAAGAUGAUGUUCCAAGUGCAACAGCUCAACAUCAACAUACUAUAAUAGGAAAUUCAAAGCAAAAUUUUGCAAAUUUUGGCUCAACUGAUUUAAGUGGUUCAAAAGUCAUUCGAUUAGUUCGUGCUAAGCAAGCCGGUAAACGUAAAUCGAGUUUAGAUACAUUAAUUGAAGUUGUACAAAAAGAAUUACAAAAGGUGAAUGGACAGUCCUCAUCAUCUUCGAAUAAUGCCGUAUCAUCAUCGAAUCAACGGACGUCUAUAACAUCAAAACACAAUCAUCAUUCUUCUUAUUCGAAAUCAGAUCAUUCGACAUCCCAUCAUAAUCUGUCGUCACCAUCGUUUAAGCGUCCAUCUUCAUCAUCCCCGUCAGCUAAUUUACUAUCAUCAGUUUUACCAGCAUCCCAUCCCAGUUCAAUAACAGCACAGUCAAAUCGAUUCAAAACAGCAAGGAAAAUUGUUCGUCGACCUGCUUCAAUGUUCUCUCGUAAAAAGUCAUUCGAGGAUAAUGACGAUUAUAAUGAUAAUGAAAUGACUAAUUACGAUAAUCUUGAAAAUAUUGAAGAUAUAGUGCAAGAGACAGUCGAUGCUUUGGUAGCAAUGGCCACAAUGAAUACAGCGCCAUUCGUUGUUAAUAUGUUGACUGCUAUACCGUCUCAGCAGCAACAACAAUUACAAUCGAUAUCAGCAAAUUUAUCAGCAGAACAAAAGUCGUUUACAACUGGAGCAGUACCACCGACAACCAUUACAAAUUUUCCAUCCCAUACGAAGAGUAUACCUGUACCAUCUUUACCAAGCAAUUCUACAGCACCAAACUAUUAUCGAAAUGAUUUAGCUUUGCUGUCAUCAACGGCGAGUGAUAUUCGAAAUUCAAUGCAAUUAUCACAACAACAACAUCAACAAAUUCAAACUGCUAUACCGAUAUCAGCACAGCCUAUCUCAUCCACCUUUUUAACUCCAACGUUGCAACAUAUCAAUCUGCAUCAUUCGACUGCAACAAGCAGUUCUACUAUUGCUUCAACUUCUAGUUCUGUGAAUAGCAGUUCACAAAUAUUUUUUAGUGAUACUCCGAAAACGGUAUCUCAACAACAACAGUCAGCAUUAUUUGUCACUCCCAAUUUACCACGUAUAUUAAAUAUUCAAACUGUAGUCCCGAAACCAACAACCAAUCUUCAACUUGGUGCUACAAAAAUCAUUUUAGUUUCACCGACAAAUCAUCAUCCACAGAAUCACCAACACAACAAUCAACAUCAACAAAGUCCAGUAAAAUUGGUAAAAUUUAGUAGCUGUCCACCAUCGUCGCUGCAAACUGCUAGAACUAUUGCUAGUCCAGUUCAAAUUACAGCAACCAAUGAAUUCAACCAACAACAUCAACAACAGCUUUUUCAAAGACGAUCAGCCACGACUGCGACUGGUUCAACGAUAACGUUACCUGCUAAUGUUCAAAUUGUUAUGCCCACUCAGUCACAAUCAUCCAAUUUACAAUUUACUCGUACAAGCAGUGACAGUAUCUCUUCAAACAAUAAUAAAAACAACUGUAUAUUUCGUUCAUCUACACCAACGACAUGUGAUCAUCUAUCAAUGAUUCCUCAGGCAGCACAAGAAAUAACAGUUACAACAUCGCCGACACCAGCCUACAGUUUAUCAAUGUCACCAUUACGAUCGACGGAUUUAGUGGAUACAUCACUUUCAACCAACACGUUAUUAUCACCAACAAAUAAUCAGCAGCACCAGCAACAAUAUUAUUUUUCACAAAAUGACGGAUCUUCGCCGUUCAAUGGAAAUCACAGUGUUAUUAUAACAAAUAAUGGAAAUUCGAAGCCCAGACGACGUUCAUCAAGUAGCGCUCCUUUUGAUAAACCUAUUGGCAAAGUAUUAAGACCAGUAGCAAAAGUAUUACAACCUUAUCCAAAUGCUACGACAAAUAUUGUACAACCAAUGUCGGCUGUUGUUUCUACCAGUACAAGUCCAAUGCAUCAUGAAGCAACUUCGAUGACAUCGCCUCAACAGCGGCAAACAGCAACUGCCGGACCUAUGAUUUAUCGUAUGACAUCAAUGAAUCCAAAUGUACCAGUGUUUCGAGUGAGUACAGCAGCUAAAGCAACCGAUUUACACUCAAAACCAACGCCAACAACCACAACCGUCUGUUACGAAAAUAAACAUAACAAUGCUGGUGGUGCCGUUUCAGUUUUAGCUUGUUUUAAAACAACUAAAAAACGCAAUAAAGAACGGGCCAUUAUGCCACGUCCAAGUGCUGAUAGUGACAGUAGUAAUGAUCACCGUUUGAUAAACAGUUCGUCAUUGGUAUCAAAUCCGAAUGGACUCAUUAGUCAUGGAAAUACUAAUGUGAUGUUUCAAAUGGCACAAACAGACGGUCUUAAUCGACAACUUCAUCAAAAUCGAUCGAUCAUCCGUACAUCAAGCAAUUCUACCAUGUCAUGCUCUGAAGAAUCGGUAUCAAAUAAUGUUUCAUUAUUGGCCAACAUUCAGGAAUCGAAACCAGUUGGCGGUGUAAUUAACAAUCGUAUUAAUACUAUAGAACAUCGAACGCAUAUUCAAUUAAAUAAUAAUCCGUCAUCCGUAACAACAAUAACAACGCCACUAACAGUUUCUUCACCGUUUCAUUCCUCCUUUUCAUCCGUUUCUGGCGUCAGUACACGGCCAUUGAUGGAAGAUAAAUGUAUCCAAAGUAAUCCGUUUGAUGAAGAACCAGAAGAAGAAGAUCAAGACGAUGAAGAUGGUUCACAAAACGAAAAGAAUGGCAAUAAUGAACAGCAAAAUGAAAAUAGUAUGGAAUAUGAUGGAUCGCCUGUUCCCCAACAAGAAAUUGUUUUAUAUUCUCAACAACAUCAUGAAGCUAGUUCAUCUGCAGAUCGAACAACUAAUAAACGUAUUCGUCAACGUGAUAACGAGGCUUCAGCAAGAGAUGAAAGUUGGACAGUUGCUGCUGAUAGUUUACUUCGCAAUGUUUUGUCUCAAUAUGGUUUUCGAUUUCUUGAUUUAAAAUGUCAACAGAAUUUAUCGACAAAAUUUGAUACAAUUCAAGCGAAUUUAGUCAGUGGAACUAUAGCAUCAAAAGAUGACUUUUUUUAUUCGGUCAUGGAUAUUAAACGAAAAUUAUUAGAAAAUGAUCUAUCAAAAAUAGCGGCUGAUAAUUUAGAGAAACUUUUUAAUUACUUUGAAACGCAAUAUCCAAAAUUAAAACAGCAUUCGACAUAUUCAAUGACAAGUAGAGUAAGUUAA